AUGGGGAAAAAAGUCCAGCUAAGGCCCAAGGUGAAUGUCUCUUCUUACAUCCAUUUUAUGCUGAAUUUCAGAAACAAAUUCAAGGAGCAGCAGCCAAACACCUACCUCGGCUUUAAAGAAUUCUCUAGAAAGUGUUCAGAAAAAUGGAGAUCCAUCUCGAAACAUGAAAAGGCAAAGUAUGAAGCCCUAGCCAAGCUCGACAAAGCCCGGUACCAGCAGGAAAUGAUGACUUACAUGGGCAAGAGAAGAAAGAGAAGACAGAGGGACCCAAAGGCACCACGGAAGCCUCCAUCCUCCUUCCUUCUCUUCUCUGUGGACCACUAUGCCAAGCUGAAACAAGAGAAUCCCAACUGGACGGUGGUGCAGGUGGCCAAGGCUGCUGGAAAGAUGUGGUCCACGACUGCCGAUGUGGACAAAAAGCCCUAUGAACAGAAGGCUGCGCUUAUGCGGGCCAAGUACUUCGAGGAGCGGGAGGCCUACCGCAACCAAUGCCAAGACAGGAAGAUGAACUUCCCGGGAUCAGCCAAGACCAGUUUGAAACAAUAA